GAGCCUCUUAUUAGAAGGACCCGAGUCUCUGGGCCGGGUACUCUCUUGCACCGAGCGAUCAGAGCUCCUUCUCACUCUGGGCCUCCUGCAGCUGGUGGCUCUGCUUCUGCUUCAGGCCCCCCUUCUAUCCCCAGCUUGCCGCCAUGGGCCCCUCGGUACACUCGAACGGAUGGGACGUUCGUGAAACCGAACGAGACCAUGCUGAAGGAUGGCCAGACCGCUAUGGCCUACUACAGGAGCAUGUGGACUCCGAAGGACAUUGAGGCGGCAAAGGGCCUUUCCCAGAAGGACGUGUUCAGUCGCUUUCCCCAAUCUGCUAUGGAGACAUUGUUUGGGAUGAUGGCCAUGCAGAAGCAGGUGGAAAUGGGGAACGCCAGGGCCCGAAAGUAUUCUGACAGCCUGGAGGUGGCUAAUAAAGAGAACGACCUCCUUGCCAUGAAGAAUACCGAGGCGCUGGUUCGGCUUGACAAAGCCGAGCAAGAGAGAGAUGUCCUGAAAAAGGAGAAUGAUUCCCUUCAGGAUGAGAAGGACGCCCUCCAGCUCGAGAAGAGCGUCUGGCAGACUGAGCAGGAAUCACUCAGAGAAGAGAAGGCAGAACUCCAACGUCUUCUAGCUGAUGAACAGUCUGCUCGGAUGGCUUUUGAAAAAAGAGCUCUGGACGAGCGUACCGCUCUGAUCGACGUUAUCAGCAGAGUGGGUGGUGGGAUGCUGGCCCUUCAUGCUCGGUUCUCCAGGGUCGGUGCUCUUCGGUAUGCUCAAGGAUUCCGGGAAGGCUUCGCCGACCGGGUUCCGGAUGAGGGACAGACCAGCUCCACUCCGGAUGAGGUAGACAAGGAUCUGGGGAUCGAGCCUCUGGGGGUUUAUGUCGACCCAGAACCCACCGAAGCGGAGCGUAUAUUUGAUGAGUGCCAGGACAUCGCAUCCUCAAGGAUCAUCACAGCUCCUCCUGCCACUCUGCCACUGACCGCUCCCCAAUCGUCGACCGUGGCUCCCUCUGUAGCCACUGCUGACGCUGAACCCCAGCCGAACGACUCAGUUAUUCACCUGGAUUCCCCACCUCAUGAAGGUGAGGCGGCUGAUGGGGCCGAGGAGGCGAGUCGGCAGGACCAGGAUGCUGUUGGUACUGAGGCGUCUAGCUAGGGCUCCUUCGAAUUCUUCCAGUUCAUAUCUUCUUGUAAUGAUGGACACCUCUCUUUUGUAAACUAAAUGUUCAAUAUUAAUGAAAUGGCCGAACUCUUUUUCUCUAUGUGGUGUGCUCUGUUCAACUUAUCUUCAGUACAUAUAUAUCUUUUCUCUCUUUUUCUUUUUAUAUUAGUUUUGCUGUGUGUUUGUACGGCAAGUGCCUGGCGCUCGGCUAGAAUGCCACUUGCCACUUGGCUUUAAAUUUUUAGCAAGUGUCUGGCGUUCGGCUUAUAGUGCCAGCUGCCA